GCUCCAAGCCGUGUCAUGGACAGCUUCGGUCUCCACUGCGUCAACCCAUGUGUGUGUGAGAACAACUCCACCUGCAACAAUGUCAACGGCAAGUGCACCUGCCUGCCUGGUUACUACGGAGAAUAUUGCCACAAGAAGUGUGACAUCACUAGUAUUGGAGUUUCUGGUUGUGAGCAGUCAUGUGCCUGUCAACAUGGGGGUAUCUGUGCGGCAGGCUCUGGCAAGUGUAUCUGCACUGCUGGAUACAUGGGGGAGUACUGUGCUGAGCCGUGUGAUCAAUAUCACUAUGGCACCAACUGUACGGCGAUGUGUGACUGUAACAACGGCCUUUGCAAUGCUGUCGAUGGGACGUGCAAAUGUCAGCUGGGCUUCACUGGUACCAGAUGUGAGGUACAGUGUCCCCCAGGCAGGUAUGGAGAGGGGUGUCUACAGACAUGUCCAUGUCAGAAUGGGGGAGUGUGUAACUUCCUUAACAACACCAUCACCUGUAGCUGCAGCAACACUGGUUACCAUGGCUACCACUGCACUGAGAGAGAUUGUCCUGACCGUCAACGUUACAACAGUAAGACCAGGGCAUGUGAGAAUUGCAACUGCCCCUGGAAUGUCACACAAAGCUGUGAUGUUCUGACUGGUUCAUGUCAGUGCAAGGCUGGUUACCGCGGUGACGCUUGUCAGUUACCAUGCGCGGAACCGUUCUACGGUGUCAAGUGUGAACAGUUGUGUGGAUGCGCUGAGAGGGGCAAGUGUCAUCAUGUGACAGGACACUGCUAUGAGUGUUAUGCAGGUUACACGGGAGUCAACUGCACGGACACCUGCCCCGAGGGUACAUGGGGGAGCACCUGUGCCAACAGCUGUGGCUGUCUCCAUGGUGCCACCUGUCACGCCACCUCAGGGUUCUGUAAUUGUUCAGCCGGAUGGACAGGUACCUUUUGUGCUGAUCCCUGCCCAGUGGACAGAUAUGGACGAGGGUGUACACAGACUUGUACCUGCAACCUUGCCAGAUCCACCUGCAGUCCCUAUGAUGGUGCCUGCCACUGCAAACCAGGUUACCAUGGUGAUGAUUGUGCCACACCAUGUAUUCAGGGGAUGUACGGGUUCCAGUGUCGCUACAACUGUACUUGCGAUCCCCAGGGCAGCCUCUCUUGUGAUUCGGCCACAGGGGAGUGUCUCUGCAAGCCAGGAUGGCAUGGUAUACGAUGCAGCUCGCAGUGUCCAUCUGACUCCUGGGGUGCGGGCUGUACACAGCCCUGUAACUGCACGGGGCGGGGCACCUGUGACCACUACACCGGCAUGUGUCUCUGUAGGCCUGGUUACCAGGGAGACAGGUGUCAAUCAGAGUGCUCUGCUAAUUACUAUGGUGAUGGGUGCAAGCUACGGUGCCCAACAUGUGGGACUGGGACCCAGUGUGACAAAAUGACUGGUCAGUGUGUGAGAAUCCCCUGCCCCCCAGGGUUGCAGGGAACGAACUGUGACCAUUCCUGCCCGUCUGGUACCUGGGGUACCCACUGUGAGAGCUCAUGCAGCAGGACCUGUAUGCAGCACGGCUUCUGUAACCCUGUUAACGGGGUCUGCCAUUGUCAUCCAGGAUACCUUGGAGCGGAGUGUGACACAGCGUGUCCGCAGGGGAAAUAUGGAGUUGGGUGUGACAACGACUGUGCCUGUGUGAUGGUGCAAACCCAGAAGUGUGACGUCACCACUGGCAGAUGUGACUGCAAGGCAGGCUACACCGGCAAGUUCUGUGAAACAGAGCAGGAAGGCAUCGGGGGUAGCAUGGUUCACCAGAAAGGCGAGCAGGGCUCCAGCGUGGCCAGUGCUGGUUCCGGUUCCACAGUAGUUGUCGUCUGCUCGGUAGUGGGAGCCCUCCUGUUGCUUGUGAUCAUCGCACUUGCCGUGUAUUUCUCUCGCAAGAUGCAGCGACUGAAGAAAGAGUCACUCGGUGUGCACUUUGGCUCUGACAGCACUUUGAGCUAUGGACCGCCUGCCGGUGGAACUGUUGGCGUAGUAAACCCGACCUAUGAGGCCCAGAAUCUUCGCAAUGAGGGCAGAUACCCACACUUGAGUCAGCGCGCCACCCGACCCCCGUUACCACAACGACACGGUGCCACCUGUGAGGAGUUUGAUGACAUCACACAUGAGAAACUGCAGGUUGCCAUGGGGACGAGUACUGGCUGCUGCCCGACCUCUGAACCCUACCCAGAACCAGAGGAGGAUCGGUACACGACCCUGAGCUCAGUUGCUGGAGGACAGAGGCGUGAUCACCAUGACGACAGUGAUGUUGACUACAAACUGUAUAAAGGAAAAAUGUCGCCUACAAGUUUCAAUAGCGACCAGUCUACCCAAGGGUCAAGGUCAGAGGGUCGUGGUGUGACAGGCUUUGUCAACAGUGCCUAUGAUGAAGGGCCAGUCGCCAGAUCGGUGGGCGGGGUUAACCAACCUCUCUACGACCUUGACCCUGAAGGUCAUGUUGACCCUUACCCACCCACUGCGUCCCACCUUGAUUAUCCAACAUCUGCAGAUGCCACUUUCUCCCCACUUCCUGUCUUCUCCACACAAGCUCACGUUUCAAGAGCAACUGACCCUGUCUCCACGGAGACUGUGUCAUUGCAACCUGGUGGCCUUGAGGGAUCAGGUUCACAGGUUGACCCCUCUGUCUUCCUUGACAAUGACCUUCAGAGAUUGGUUGCUAACCGGGAUUCUUCCAACUUUCCUGAAUCAGCUGCCUGAUUAUAUUACUGAACUGAUUUAACAUCAAUUCAUACAAGAUUAUCAAAUGGACCUGAUGGAUUAUCAAUUCACAGUGCUGUAAAUAUGGCAGAAAAAUAAAUGUUUAUGUGCUAAAAAUAACAGGUAUAUAUAAACAGGUAUGUCUCUUUAAUAUGCACAUUAUUUACAUCUUGUUUCAUUUGUAUUGGUAUCAAGUAUAUUUAUGUAUACAUGCAUGUAUAUUUUGUUAAGGAUGUUUAGUUUUGCAUUAGACGCUGGAAGUCACUGUAACUUAGUUAAGAUGCUGUUGUAUUUUAUGGGUUGCUUAUUUUGUCUCUUAGAAAGCUGGAGGCGCCUGACUGAAGUCUCCAUCCUCUGAGCACAUUUCAUUAUUAUAGAGAUAUUUUAUACCAUACUUAGGCUAUUUUUCACAUUGUUUUACUAUAUUUUUUUAAUGCACACAUAUUUUGUUAAAGAACCAUCACAAAUCGAAAUGCACUGGUGAGUUUCCUACUACAAAGCAUUCAAAUUUCAAGUUGUCACAUUUGCAACUCUAGUUCCAAGAAAAAAAACUCACAUGGUGAUAUUUCAUGUUGUAGAUAGUAUGCUUGCUGGUAAAUUUGAAUCUGUAUAUGUGAUAUUUAAUUAUUUCCCACUUAGUUUACAAUGCUUUACUUAACUCCCAGAAGAUUCACACUGUCAAAAGAUCAGUCACUUUAAAUUGAAUCAACCAAUUCAUUGGUAAAGUGAAAGCGAUCCAUGCAUUUUAGAGUUAUUUGCCCUUGAUCAUAGCUAUCUGACAUAUGUGAGCAACACAUACCUGAGAUAUUUGCCCUUGAAAAUAGCUAUCUGACAAAUGUGAUUCACACAUUUUAGAGUUAUUUGCCCUUGAUCAUAGCUAUCUGACAAAUGUGAUCCACACAUUUCUGAGUUAUUUGCCCUUGAACAUAGCUAACUGAGAAAUGUGAUCCACACAUUCCGGAGUUAUUUGCCCUUGAAAAUAGCUAUCUGACAAAUGUGAUCCACACAUUUCUGAGUUAUUUGCCCUUGAACAUAGCUAACUGACUAAUUUGAUCCACAUAUU